AUGAGUUUUCAGACGCAGGGUACCCACGCCACUUCACCAGAUAUUGGCAGUGACCAUGACGACGAAGUCGCUGAAGUAACCGCUCCACAUGGAGCUGUGAGUUCCCUUGAUUACCACGCAACGACGGUAAAGGGCGGAGCAUCGGCUGAAAGCCAUGCUGAGUUGGCGAAGAAAGUGGAUGAUUUCCGUGAGACAUUGGGUCAGAGUCAGAACGCCCUGGGCGAAGCCCGAUCUCGUCUGGCGACGUUGGAAGGCGAUCGCGCCCGUCUUUAG